UCUAAGGCGCUCCUGGCCCUUUAAGAGCGGAGGGAGGGGGUUCUGAACCGCUAGGCUGCGGUGUUUUUGUCUCCAUGUCAGUGAGCGCUCCUGGCCCAAGACGUCUGAACGGAUUUAUAAGGAUAGGUGCUGACCGUGAGGAAGAAGGGAGGGAAGAUAAAGAGGAGAGAAGAGAAGCCAGAGUGAGGAGAUUGGGGAGGAGGAGAGACCAACCCUGCAGCACACCGAGCAGCUGGUGAGGUUUUGUGGGUAAACGUGUGACAUCAUGGCUCAGGUGCUGCACAUGGACCCCAGCUUCCCAGGAGGGAAGCUUACCCCGUCCGCUCCCCCCUCCCUGCACGGGAAGGAGCAGGAGGCGCCCUACUCUGUGGAGACCCCCUACGGCUACCGUCUGGACCUAGACUUCCUCAAGUAUGUCAACGACAUUGAGAAGGGAAACACCAUCAAGAAGGUCCCCGGUCAGCGCCGGCCCCGCUACGGGUCUCUCCCCCGGGGGUACGGCUACACGGGCUCCUGGUGGACCUCCACAGAGUCCCUGUGCUCCAACACCAGCCAGGACAGUCGCCAAUCAUCCUUCUCCUACUGCGCCCCGGGCUACCACCCACACAACUCCCACUCCCAGAGGCCCAGCUUCAGCACGGCCCGGGUGGAGAAGACCCUGCUGGACGCCCGCAGGAAGUUGGAGGAAGAGAAAGAAGGGGGCCCCAGGAGGUUCUCCAGCACACUUGGUAGCAUGCACAACAGCAUGGCCGGAUCCACCACCUCCCUGAGCAGCGCCCACAGCUACAACCGCACCCAUGGAGGAGGAACGGGCUCCUUCACCCCCAUGAGCUCCGGCCUGUCCACGCCCGUGUCGCCCACCCCGGCCCACCUGCAGCAUGUAAGGGAGCAGAUGGCGGUGGCUCUGAGGAAGAUCCGGGAGCUGGAGGAGCAGGUGAAGACCAUCCCCGUGCUACAGGUGAAGAUCUCUGUGCUGCAGGAGGAGAAGAGGCAGCUAAGCGUCCAGCUGAAGAGCCAGAAGUUUUUGGGACACACCCUUGGCUUCGGCAGAGUGGGCCGGCCCCGAGGGGAGCUCUACAUCGACAUCCCAGAGGAGGAGGUGAGCUCUGGAGCUGGAGCCACCAUCAGGGUUGCAGCAGGGCCUCUGUCCCCCACCACCCCCACCACCCCUGAGGGCUCCAGGCCGCAGGCAGACUCAGGCUGUGAGAUUGAGGACACAGUGAUCGUGGGUGGAGCGCGUCCGGCUGGGCAGAGGGAAGUGCGUACUAUUGGGGUGGGACCAGAGGAGGCGAGGGGCAGCCAGCAGGUGGAUGUGGGCAUUGGGGUGCAGGAGCAGGACCUGGGGCUGGUGCCGGAGACAGAGGCCCUGAAGAGCCAGGUGGGCCAGCUGGAGGGCCAGCUGAAGAGUACGAUGCAGGAGCUGCAGGCUGCCCAGCAGCAGGUGCAGGCAGCUAAGAGGGAGAGGCAGGCUCAGGCCCCCCAGGCAAACCACUCGGUCAGGGCCACCAGUCUGAGCUGGCAGGAGCAGCAGGGACGCAGCCUGCAAACGGUAGUCAGCUUUACCCAGCAGCCCCAUCACCGGGCACAGAGGACUGUGGGAAUCCAGGUGUACACGCUGGAGCAACCAGCCACUGUGGUGGGGGUGGGCACGUUGCUCCGAGCAGAGGGGUGCAGCUCCCCCUCCCUCCCUCCAGGUGGUACAGUCCUGGAGGGAACCCACGGAGGACAUGCACAGGCCCUGGGCCCAGAGGAUGCAGCUGUUGAGCUGCCCAUCGCCAUCUCCUCCAAACAGGUCCGAGAGGUCCUAAGAAGUGAGGUGUCCACCUCUGUGCCUGUCACUAGUCCUGCCAUCGCCAUUGAUACCAUUGGUAAUCAGAUGGCUUUGCUGCAUCUGAAGGAAGGAGAGACACCCCAGCACACUGCCAUAAUCACCGUCCAGUCUCAAGAAGACCCAUCAAAGCCAGCUGCAGCAGCCUCUCCCCAGACAGCCCUGAGGUCCAUUAUGAAACGUAAGGCAGAAGGAGAACCUGGCUCUCCAUCCACCAAGAAGAACCUGCAGUUCACUGGAGUCAAUGGAGGGUAUGAGUCCACCUCGUCAGACGACAGUAGCAGUGAGAGUUCAGAGGAGAGUGAUGCCAGUGAAUAUCAUGAGACCACCGAGAAACUCCCAGAAGCACCAGAGUCUGCAGCGGGACGGCACCAGCAAGCAGCAGCAGUCCCAGUCUCCUCCACAAGGCUAGAGCAUGUCACUCCGCUCCCAGCCACUACCGUCCAACCACCAGCCUGCGAACCUGCCUCUGAGCAGAGCACCAGCCAAUCAGCAACCGUAAGCAUAGGACUGCAGCAUGUAGCCACCGUAUCACCAGCCUUGAACACUGCCGUGCAACAAUGUGCCUCUGACUCUGCUCCCACUGAGACGACCUACCCGUCUCCAGCCAAUGACUGUGUCCGUCAGGGGAGUAUUGUCCAAUCAUCGGUCCCAGACCCCAUCCCUCAGGAGUGUACCUCCAUAAAUACUAGCACUGAACCCACUACACCUGAGCAGUGCACCGUGCAAUCAGCUGCUAUCUGUUCUGCACCCCCCAAGCCACCCAGAUGCCAACCAGAAGCCACUAACCCGGAAGUAAAGCAGGGUGUCACCCAAUCAAAUACCACUGAUGUCACCGUUCAGCUCGAUGCCAUCAAAUCACAAACUACUGACCUCGCCCCUCAGCAUUGGGCCACCCAAUCAUCAGCUACUGAACAAAGCUCCCAGCAGAGGAGAGUCCAGUCACCAGCCUCGACACCAACACCUGGUAACACCCCAAGUGCUACUGGAACAGCCAAUCAAGAAACCAGACUGGAGUUCAGUGAGAGCCUGAUGGCAUCUCUCCAUGCCCUGCAGAAAGCCCUGGGUGAACCAAAUGCUUUCAGCCAGCAAGCAGCAAGGACAGCCUACACCACGGUGCUCCAGGAGUGGCUUCGUGUGUCCUGUCACAAGGCAGCUGACACUGCCAUGGUCAGGGCCUAUAUGGAUACCUUCUCCUCAGUCUCCCCACAGCUGCUGAAGUUUGUGGUCAAUAUGGCCGACGGCAACGGCAACACGGCCCUGCACUACACCGUCUCCCACUCCAACUUCCCUGUGGUCAAGCUGCUGCUGGACACUGGCCUGUGCAACGCUGACAAGCAGAACAAGGCCGGGUACACAGCCAUCAUGCUGACAGCUCUGGCUGCCUUCCACUCUGACAGUGACCUUCACACUGUCCUGCAGCUGCUGCGCACAGGGGACGUGAACGCCAAAGCCAGCCAGGCGGGUCAGACGGCGUUGAUGCUGGCAGUGAGUCACGGGCGAGGGGACAUGGUACGGGCGCUCCUCUCCUGCGGGGCACAGGUCAACAUCCGCGACGACGACGGCUCCACGGCGCUCAUGUGUGCCUGCGAGCACGGCCACGUCGAUAUUGUGCGUCAGCUGCUCUCUGUGCCAGGCUGUGAUGUCACCCUCACUGAUAACGAUGGCAGUUCAGCCCUGUCCAUAGCCCUGGAGGCCAGUCAGAAUGACAUCGCUGUGCUUCUCUACGCUCACCUCAACUUCGCCAAGCCUCCUUCCCCUGUAUCACCAAAGUCUCCUCUUUUGGGAUCCUCUCCCCCCUCUGGUGAAACAAAGUGACCACACACUGUAAGAUACCUUUUGGAGAAUUUAGCAGCACCUCUUCAGCCAGCUCCUCAACCAUUACACCACAAGUGUUGAUAUCUGUGUAUAUAUAUAUAUAUGUGUGUGUGUGUGUGUGUGUGUGUGUGUGUGUGUGUGUGUGUGUGUGUGUGUGUGUGUGUGUGUGUGUGUCAGUCUGUGUGUAUUUGUGUGUGGGAGAGUGAUUGUAAUGGUAUUUUUUCCUCUUCUCUCUGUCUGUUCUCUCCGUAUGUACUGUGUGUGCACGUCGGCAUGAAACCCAGCACUUGACACGAUCCUAACGCAUCUUUUCUUUAAAC